UGGUUUGGUUUGAGGGGAAAGAGUGUGAAGGCUAUCGCUUUAGCUUUUUGAGCUGGGAAUAAAAGAUUCCGUUAGCCACUUCUGACGAGAAAAUGAUACCGAAAGUGUGCUGGACGGAGGGGGAAUCUGGAUUAGUUUCAGUCUGAAUGUGAGCAUUUGAGCAGCUCUGAGGAUUUGCAGCCGUACAAAAGCUAUUUUUCGGGCUAAUGAGGGAUUUCCAUUGCAGAUAGUGCUCAACAGUCAGUGUCACCCACUGACGAGUUGUGCAAGAUUUCUUUUCUGUUUGUUCAGUCGAUUUGUUCAGAUGGCCUCCCGCACGACUGUGACUCGUUAGCUCGAAGCUUUCAGACGAAAACCACUCCUUACGGUCCAGAAAUCCACUUCAUAACUGGACUCCAGGCUGUGCCUGUGGAGCCGUUGUGUCCCGGCGCAGGGAGGAGGAGAUGGGCGAGGCCAGAAGUGCCAGACUGACUGACAUCUCUUUAUUGGCCCUGUACACAUAUGAAGACAACAGCAAUGAUCUGAUACUGGCGUCAUCAGGAGGUGGAGGCCUGGAGGAAAUCACGGUCACCUUUGACAGCAGCCGCAUCAUGUAUGGCUUCUGCAGCCUGAAGGAGCCCACUGCCAGCCUGCCUCGCUACAUCCUCAUCAACUGGGUCGGGGAGGAUGUGCCUGAUGCAAGGAAGUGUGCCUGUGCCAGCCAUGUAGCCACCAUCGCCGAGUUUUUCCAGGGGGUUGACGUCAUCAUCAACGCCAGCAGCAUGGACGACAUAGAGCCCUCAGCCAUCGGACAGAGACUGACCAAUGGGACAGGCCCGGUGGCCAGCCCUGUCCUUAGCCGCCUGCGAACGAGGGACGAGGAGAACACAGAGCACGUUGGCACCACCUACCAGAAGACGAACGCAGAGAUCGAGAUGAAGAAGAUCAAUCGUGAGGAGUUCUGGGAACAAGCCAAGCGGGAAGAAGAGAUGAGGAAAGAGGAGGAGAGAAAGAAGGCGGCAGAGGAGCGGCAGCGUUUUGAAGAGGAGCGUAUGGAGCUGGAGAGAAAGGAGCAAGAGGAGAGAGAGAAGAGAUAUCGCGAGAGGGAGAGGCAGAUUGAGGAACACAGGAAGAAAAUGCAAGAGGAAGAGGAGGCCAAAGAGAGGUCAAGGACUCAGCCCUUGAUUGUAAGAACAGAGCCCAGCAAUGAUGACCCCUCUCAAGAGAAAAAGGAGACAGAGGUUGAGGAGGCGGCCGCCAUUAUUGCCCAACGGACAAGCAACCCGCGGGAGUUCUUCAAGCAGAAAGAGAAAGCUGUGGUCACCAGCGUGGACACCUCACCCGUCGCCACUCACAGGACUGAUGACUCUGCUGAAGGCAUCUCAGACAUGGCAGCUGUGUCCCCCACACCAAUUCCCAAAAUCGCCAUUCAGGAAGAUAAAGAGGACACCAGCUGUAAGGAGUGGGUCCCUGAGUCUCCAGAGCGAGCACCAGUGCAGGAGUCCGGCCCGAACAAACCUGUUCAGAGUGUGGCCCCUCAGGCUCGUUCCACAGACCCCUCAGAGGACAGUCUGCUGGACCUGUGGGAGAGUGACCCACCGCCCACCGCCUCCCCGUCCCAGCCCACUCACAUCAUGGACCUGAUGGGCGACACUCCAGAGCCUCUGCAGGCCGCUUCUUCCCCCAACCUGCCUCAGCCUCUGCUCAGCUUUGAUGAGACACCAGACACCACCUUCUGCCCCGGGCCAGAGGAUGACCCCUCCAGCUUGGUGGACGUGGCUGGGCCACACCAGAUGACCCUGAGCUACCAGCAGGCCCUGCAGCACGCCUCAGGCUCUGACAGCCAGGAGCUGGACGACAGCCAGCUGCUGAUGACCAAUGGAGACACACUGCUCAAAGAAGGGACUCAGGCGAGUGAAGGCUACUUCAGCCAGUCACAGGAGGAGGAUUUCGCUCAGUCUGACGAGUGCUCUGCAAAAGUGAAUCCGACGCCAGUAUUUUAUAACAAACCACCAGAAAUUGACAUCACAUGCUGGGACACUGACCCCGUGAUGGACGAUGACGAUUAAGCGCAGAGGAAGGGAGUGCCCUACGCAUUCAAGAAAA